AGUCACUGACACGUGGGACCCACAUAAAGGUGGUUUUGGUGGGCCCUGCAAGAUCGCGAGUCUUAAAAGGCCCACCUCCUUGUCCCGACCAGUCGACCCUCCCAACCGCCGCUAUUUACGCUUUUGCCCCUCCGGCGAGCCUGACCGAUUCCCGCCCGCCCGCAUGGCCUCCGGCGACCGCCUCGCCGGAGCGCCGCCGCCGAUGCCUGCUCCUCCUCCUCCCCCUCCACCUCGUCCUCCUCCGCCUUCUCCGGCUCCGGCGGAGAAUCAGAACCACACGGCGAUCUCGUCGCCGCUGCUGCAGUCCUCCGCCAACGCGGACGCGCCGCUGGCGCGGUGGCUCCGGAGGCUGGAGGCGUUCCUCUCCGCGGCGGGUCUGGCUGCGUCCACGACGCUCGGGGUUGCCACCGCGGCGUCCGCGCUUGCCGUGGUGGGCCUUGCGCUGCCGGCCGCGGCCGUGACGCUCUCCCCGUGCCGCGGCCUCGGGAGGCGGUGCGACGACUUCGAGGUGGAGGUGUUCGAGAUGUGCGUGCUGCUGUCGCAGGCGGCCGCGGCCGCCGUCGCGCUCGCCUGCGUGUCGAGGAAGAUGGCCAUGUACGGCAUCCGCAAGUUCCUCUUCGUCGACCCGGAGCUCGGCAUGCGGAUCCGAUUCCAGAAGGAGUACGUCGCCAAGAUCCAGGAUUUCUUCCGCACGCUUAUGUGGUGGAUAUCGCCGUGCUUUGUUGUGAAGGUCACCCGAGAAUUCUGCCGUUUUUCCCACAUCUUCCAGGAGUCAAUUUGGAGAUCAUGUCUUGUGUUAUUUGCGUCCAUCAUGUCAUGGAUGUAUUUGACAACAAUCAUAUUGUCCUCCUGCAUGCUUUUCAACUUGGUGUGCAAUCUGCAAGUAAUCCACUUUGAUGACUACGGCAAACUUCUAGAGCAAGAUGCGGAUCCUCUAGUCUACUUGAAAGAGCACCUGCAGCUCCGGCAUAAUCUCUCCAAAAUCAGUCACCGGUUCCGCAUGUUCCUCUUGCUCCUCUUCCUUUCUGUUACAGCAAGCCAGUUCGCCAUUCUUUUCAAGACAACAACCUAUAACGGGCCGAUCAAUUUCACCAAUGGCGGUGACAUAGCUGUGUCUUCAGUUGUUCAAGUUGUUGGUCUCGUCCUUUGUUUACAUGCUGCUGCUAAAAUUUCUCACAGAGCUCAAAACAUUGCUUCAUUAGCUAGUCGAUGGCAUGCAUUGGCAACAUGCUCUACUGACUCUACGUAUGCCGCCACCCCAAACAGCUCUGGGAACCUUGUGCCCUUCCCAGCACAUCUUUUUUUGAGAGAUUAUUCCGAGAGUGAUCUGGAGUCUCUGGAUACUGCCUCGCUACAUGGCAAUUCUCAUGGCGCAGCUCAAUUGGUUUCGUACAUAUCGUCAUACCACAAGAGAGAAUCACUUGUGCUGUACCUGCUUGCGAAUCCAGGAGGCAUCACGAUAUUUGGCUGGAUCGUCGACCGAACAUUCCUAAACACCAUUCUGAUGCUCGAGUUAACUCUUGUGCUCUUCGUGCUUAGCAAGACCGUUGUGAUACCGGCCAAGACACUUGUACACAGUUACAUCGGGUUCCCAUGAUGGAGAUGCACCAAUUCAGACAGUCAGGCUCAAUUAGGAGAGGAUGAUGUUCCAGGCUGAUAAAUUUGGUUUUUAUCAGCCUACCAUUCUGUGAGGGUUUCCAUGCCAGUGGCAGAAACUGGUAGCAAUGGCGUCAAAAUUGGUUUUUCCGAGGCUCAAAUCAUACGCGCAUCAGCAUCAUGCAACUCCAGACACUUGAUCGGUGUGCUCUAGGCUGCAGGCUAGGUUGUGUCGUGUACAGUUUUUGGCGGGAAAAGCCAGCAUCCUCCAUGUAAAGUGGUAUGGGCUUCUAUUCUUUUCUUUUCUUUUGUGUACAUACGCAAUGUAUGUACUAUACUAAAACUAAUAUGAUAUACCUCAAUGAAUUUUAAACCUUUUUUGCCAAUAA